UUCAACCUAAAACUGCUCUCUUGCUGUAUAAGAUUCUAAAGCUGGCAGUGUUUUGGUACACUCAUGAAGGAAACACUAAGGUAUCUUGCAGGACUUGCAGGGCCAAGUGGUUAUGGCUCAAACUCCACUGCUGAGCAAGUCACAGAAGAUUUCUCUUGCAUGGUCCCUCCCCAUCUAACUGCUAUAAUCACUGGGGCAACAUCUGGUAUUGGAGCUGAAACAGCAAGAGUGUUAGCAAAGAAAGGUGUGAGAAUUGUGAUUCCAGCAAGGGAUUUAAGAAGAGCAGCUGAACUGAAGGAGGAAAUUCAAAAAGAGCGUCCACAGGCAGAGAUUGUACUAUUGGAGGUUGAUUUGAGCUCAUUAACUUCUGUGAAGAGAUUUUGUACUGAGUUUUUGUCACUAGGAUUAUCCCUUAACAUUCUCAUAAACAAUGCUGGAAUAUUCUCUCAGAAUUUGGAGUUCUCUGAGGACAAAAUUGAGAUGACAUAUGCCACAAAUUAUUUGGGACAUUUUUUGUUGACAGAAAUGCUAUUAGAGAAAAUGGUAGAAACAGCAGCAAAAACAGGCAUCCAAGGAAGAAUAAUAAAUGUUACUUCUGUGAUUCACAGUUGGGUGAAGAGAGAUUCGUUUCGUUUCAAUCAAAUGCUAAAUCCAAAGAACUAUAAUGGUACUCGUGCAUAUGCUCAGUCAAAAUUGGCAAACAUAUUGCAUGUUAAGGAAAUGGCAAGGCAGUUGCAAGCAAGGAAUGCAAGAGUAACUAUCAAUGCAGUACAUCCAGGCAUUGUGAAGACUGGAAUCAUUAGAGCUCACAAGGGCUUUAUAACAGAUUCAAUAUACUUCGUUGCAUCCAAGUUUCUAAAGUCUUCAUCUCAGGGUGCAUCAACCACAUGCUAUGUUGCUCUUUGCCCACAACUAGAAGGGGUGACUGGGAAAUACUUUGCAGACUGUAAUGAGAGUAGCUGCUCAAGUCUAGCAAAUGAUGAAUCUGAAGCACAAAAGUUAUUUAUGCAAACUCGUGCUGUGAUUUACAAACGAUUAGGUCAACCUGCAGCUUAAAAUGUAUCAUAUUCUUCUGUAAAUUUAGAGACUUAGGAGUCAUGUAAAUAGGAUUAUGUAUUUACAAAUGCAGAAGACAACAUAAAAGACUACUAGUCAGUGACCUCUAAAAUACUAUUUGACAAUAAAGGGGCUUGAGAACUAUUCCUUUCUCAUCUCCUCUUAAUAACAAAAUAUCAAAUGUUUACACCUGUC